AAUAUAUGUAGCUGCUUCCCAUCUCAGUGGUUUGUGAAACUGCUGAGGCCAACAGACUUCCUUAAUGCUUUCUUGGGGGCAAUCUAUGUCCCAAGAAGAUUUGUGUGUGUAGGGCGGAGGGGCUGGUAUAGGAACCACGCUGAACUUCCUUGCUCAGGUGGGGAAUGCAGAAGCUCUGGGAAUGGCCAAUAACCCCAGAGGAGCCAGCCUCUGUCUGGGCCCAAAGUGCAGAUUCGAAAGGAACCUGGACUGUAGGGGCGCAAAGUGAAAAGGCUUAGGGAUGGGUGUUGAGAGUGCUCUUGUCUUUUGGCUUGUCUCUCUGGUCCCUACACCUAUCCACAGCCACCGCCCGCAGCUGGCUCCAGACCGUGCGAUCAGGCCCAGGAUUUGCGAGGAAACGCCUAAUAUAGAGACGCACCCUCCCUAAGAAGCAGCUCCCUCCUGCCGGUAGAAGGUCUCUUAAGAGAGGGCGCCCUCCAGGGCCGGAUUGGACCCUGCUUCUUGGAGGCGGGACUCGAGGCUAGAGGGUUGAGGGGUAUUUAAGAUUGCGCGGAGCUGGAGGUGGCCAAGGGCAAAAUGAGUGGGCUUUUGGGCGCCCAGACCUGCUCAAGCGCGGGAGAGGUCUCGGACCUGAAGUCCCCUCUGGGCGCCAAGCUCAGGGAACCUCUCACCGAGGCGCGGUUCCAGCAAAUCUUCGGGGGUGCAGAGCAGGAGCCGGAUCUACUCGCGGAGCCCCGCUGGUCCCGCCGGUGCAGCCUGUGGAGACGGCGGGUCCGCGCCUGUUCCGCACCGGGGGCGUGGCGCCUGCUGCUGGCGCGGCUGCCCCCGCUACGCUGGCUGCCCCACUACCGCUGGCGGGCCUGGCUGCUUGGGGAUGCGGUGGCGGGAGUGACCGUGGGCAUCGUGCACGUGCCCCAGGGCAUGGCUUUUGCUCUCCUGACCUCAGUGCCCCCAGUAUUCGGACUCUACACUUCUUUCUUUCCUGUCCUCCUCUACACCUUGUUGGGUACUGGGAGACAUUUGUCCACAGGAACGUUUGCCGUACUAAGUCUCAUGGCUGGCUCCGCGGUGGAGCGGCUGGUGCCCGAACCCCUCGGGGGGAACCUGAGCGGAAUCGAGAUGGAACAGUUGGAUGCUCAGCGGGUUGGGGCGGCUGCAGCCGUGGCCUUCGGAAGCGGGGCGCUGAUGCUGGGGAUGUUCGCUCUGCAGCUCGGCGUCCUGUCCACCUUUUUGUCCGAGCCGGUGGUUAAAGCGCUGACCAGCGGGGCCGCGCUACACGUGCUGGUGUCCCAACUGCCGAGCCUUUUGGGAUUGCCCCUCCCGCGUCAGAUCGGCUGCUUCGCUCUCUUCAAGACGCUGGCCGCUGUGUUGAGCGCACUGCCCCGGAGCAGUCCGGCCGAACUGACCAUCUCAGCACUCAGCCUGGCGCUGCUUGUGCCGGUCAAGGAAUUGAACGUGAGAUUCCGAGACAAGCUACCCACCCCGAUCCCGGGGGAAAUCGUCAUGGUGCUUCUGGCCUCUGUGCUCUGCUUCACCUCUUCCCUGGACACAAGAUAUAAUGUCCAGAUAGUGGGGCUGCUGCCCAGAGGAUUUCCCCAACCUCUCCUCCCCAACUUGGCUGAGCUACCUAGGAUUCUGGCUGAUUCACUGCCCAUCGCACUGGUUACUUUUGCUGUGUCUGUUUCCCUGGCAUCCAUCUAUGCAGACAAGUACAACUACACUGUUGACUCCAAUCAGGAGCUCUUGGCGCAUGGUGUCUCCAACCUCAUCUCCUCCCUCUUCUCUUGCUUUCCCAACUCGGCCACGUUGGCCACCACCAGCCUACUAGUGGACGCUGGUGGAAACACACAGCUGGCAGGCCUCUUCUCCUGCCUAGUUGUCCUGUCAGUGCUGCUGUGGCUGGGGCCCUUCUUCUACUAUCUGCCCAAGGCUGUCCUGGCCUGCAUCAACAUUUCCAGCAUGCGCCAGAUGUUCUUCCAGAUGCAGGAACUUCCACAACUGUGGCGCAUCAGCCGCGUGGACUUUGCUGUGUGGAUGGUCACGUGGGUGGCUGUGGUAACCCUGAGUGUGGACCUGGGCCUGGCCAUAGGCGUGGUCUUCUCCAUGAUGACUGUGGUCUGCCGCACCCAGAGGGUACAGUGCCUGGCCCUUGGACUGGCUGAGGGGACAGAGCUCUACAGGCCACUCAGAGAGAGCCACAAGCUCCUCCAGGUCCCAGGGCUCUGCAUCCUGAGCUACCCAACACCACUCUACUUUGGGACCCGUGGACAGUUUCGCCGCAUCCUGGAGUGGCAUUUGGGGCUUGGCGGAGGCAAGGAGACUCCAAAGACAGAUGGCCCACCUACUGCAGUUGCUGAGCCUGUCAGAGUGGUGGUCCUAGACUGCAGUGGUGUCACUUUUGCAGAUGCUGCCGGAGCCAGAGAAGUGGUACAGCUGGCCAGCCGAUGCCGAGAUGCUGGGAUCCACCUUCUCCUGGCUCAGUGUAAUGGUGAGAGCCUCAGUGCUGGGGACACUGACUCAGGCAGGACUCCUGGACAGAGUGACCCCAGAACAGCUGUUUGUGAGUGUCCAGGAUGCAGCUGCUCAUGCCCUGGAGAGACUGGAGCUCACUGGCCCAAAGACUUGCACAGUGUGGGUGUGACCUGGUCACUUGGAGUAUGGAGAGCCCCAACAAUAUGUGUGUGAGGAGAGCCAUGGCCCCUGAGCCCCAUUACUUAAUGUAACUAAUAAAAUGAAGCUGAAUCCUUGGGUUCAUGAUGUGAAUCUGGGCGUCAUAACACGGGCCUCUGGUGCCCUUUCCUCCAUGCCCACAGCAUUGCAGAGACACGACUGAAAAUGCCUUUCACCUAUAUGUUCACGAGCCCUCACCCCAGAUCCAGAGUCAUCAGUUCUUUCCAUGGGGUGGGGCUGCAGCCGGUACACAGAGUCCUGGAUCCAGAGAUGGGGGAGCACAGCAGAGCCCUGGGAAUACAUGGUGAGGGCUUCCCCACCCCCUCAGUCCUCAAGAGAUGAGAG